CACUGAGAAGGAAGAAAUCUCAAGUGGCGAAUGUUCAUGAAAUUCUGAGAAGGAAAAACCGCCGCAGACCGUUGACCAAGGUUUUGGAGAGUACAGCUAUGGUUCCAGUUCCAGUUGCUUGUGAUGAACUUCCAAGCUCAAGUACUUCGUCCAGUAGGGGACUUUAUGACAAUAAGGUUUCAGGAAUGGAUUCUAAUGAAUCACGGAAAACUAUUUCUGCAGUAAUCAACAACAACAAUGGAAUUUCAUGUGAGAAUGGUGCCUCAAAUGUUUCAGAACAUGCUGCUGAUGCUUCUCAAACAAAUAAUAAGACUUAAAAACAAUGAAAUUUCAAGCAGAUCAGAGUUGGCCGAGAAUGAAUCUUCUGACAGGCUAUUUGAUGUGCCAUUUUUCGGAGAAGAUACACCAUCUGCGGAUUUAACUCCAAUAUUUGUAUCGUGUUCAUCCGAGACACCUGAAGUUGGUGAUAUGGGAAGACAAGCUGAAGUUGAGAAGCAUAAUGAGUCUGUUUAUUCCAGAUCGGUGAGUAUUAGCAGGAGGACAGAGGAAGGUGCUGCAGAGUGUCAGUUAAAAGGAAAGAGGAAGUCGAGACAAAUAAGUGAAAAACAAAAACAAGACCCUAGAAAAUAUGCUGACAUGAUUGAUGAACCAAAUGCUUAUGUGGGAGGUAUAAAUCAUUUGGAUUGAUUUUCUCAGGGAUCUGAUCAGAAAGUUGACUGCAAAACUUUUGAAGAUCAGCUUGAUGGGUUCGGGGAUUGGAAGUCUCGGCAUCAUUGUGUGAGAGGGUCAAUAGUGGAGGCAAAAGUACUCACUGAUGGUUCCAUUAACCCUCAAAGGUGUACUGCCAGUCCCGUUAUACUGUAAACCCCAGAUAUCAGAGGACAGAUUUCCCUGGAAAAACUUAUUCUGCCGAUUCAUCAUUAUAUGAUGUUAAGAUUGAUGUGAAAACUGAGUGUCAACCACAGCAUGUUCCAUUAGUUUCCCUCGUGAGUAAAUCGGAUGGUAAAGCCGUAGUAGGUCAUCCUCUAACAGUUGAGGCUUUGAACAAUGUUUACUGUGACAAUCCGAGUCAAGAAGUUGCCAUGGAGUGCACUGAACCUGACCAUUCAUCGAAGCGAAAUUCAGGGGGACGAGUUCCUAGAAAGCAUAUAAAAUUGCAACUGCAAUUCCCAUAUCGUAAAUCAAAAAAAGAAAGAAAUCUGGACUAUUGUCUAAGAAGAUUCGAAGAUUGUCUUCAUUGACCGGUCAGAAGCUAGGUGUGGCCAUCAAGAAACCGGUAGUCGCGAAGCCCAAAGUUUCUGUAAUAGCUUGCAUCACUAUGAAGUUAGUCUUCAGCAGGAUAAAAGAAGCAUUGAAUGGCGGAGCACGGCCAUCGCAUCGAUCUUUAACAUCAGGCAAUUCAUGAGUAAGCGAUCUAAAACCACAUCGAAAAUUCAACUAAGAAUCCGGCAGCCGUUAGGUAGCCCUUUUAUCUUAAAACCAACAGAACAGACAAUUGGGUGGUUGUAGAAGGAAACUGUUAAAAGACUAUGAAGGAUGAUGAAGAACAUGUCUUCCCUGGCUUUGAAUAUAUGAAAAUGUAGCAUCAGAUGAAGUGUGUGAA